AUUGACAUGAGUGCAAAGUGUAGUUUAUUUUUGUUAAAAAGAGGGAUGCAUGUAAGGGUGAUAUGCCUAUAGGUAGGUUUAAAAUGGAUCCUAUAUUGUCAACAAUAAAAGAAGAAUUUCUUAUUUGUCCCAUCUGUUUUGAGACUUACAAGGAUCCAAAAGUUUUACCAUGUUUGCACUCAUUUUGCAAAACCUGCAUUAAUACCUUCAUAUCAAAGCAAAAUACCAAAAGGAAACAUACCUGCCCAGUGUGCAGAGAAAAUUUUCAACUCCAAAACCAUAGCACAGAUGAUUUAAAAACAAAUUUUUGUUUGAAAAAUCUUAUAGAAGUUAUUAAUUCUGGUAAGCAGGAUCCUGCAAAAUUAUGUACCUUUUGUAGUCUAAAAGGCGAAAGCAACGAGGCAACUUCACAGUGUCUAACCUGCAAAGAUGUUCUGUGUUCUGAAUGUGCAGACCAUCGACACCGAUCAACUACACUUACAAUAAAUCAUAAAGUUGUUUUGCUUACUGAAAUUAAUUCAGGAAAAUAUAACGACGAGAUUCGAGCAAAACAGCAAAUUCCUUGCUCUGAGCAUGCCGGCGAGGACUUGAGGUAUUUUUGCGAGACAUGUGAUGUCCCUAUUUGUCGAGACUGUAUUGUCCUGAGUCAUCAAAGUCAUAAAUUUAUUGCACCUUCAGAUGCAAGGAAGGAAGUUGAUCAAAGUAUACGUUUGCUCAUGAGUGCAUUGAAAGAAAAUUUAGAACGAUUUCAACUUGCGAAGAAAAAUGUAUCACUUGCUAUGGAAAAAGUGCUUGUCGAAAAGCAAGGCUUCAAAGAAAACUUAGAAAAGUGUGUCAAUGAAAUUAUUGAAAAUAUUAAGGAGUCGAAACUGGCAAUUGAGAAUGAUUUAGAAGAAUUUCUGAAAUCGAAGCAAGAUUCUUUGCGGAUUCAGGAAGAAUCUAUAGAGAAAAAUAGUAAGCAGCUAGAGGAAUCUUACUCAUUUUGCAGCAAUAUCCUCAAAUGUGGAUCCGACAUAGAAAUUCUGACAAUGAAAUCCGAAAUGAAUGAACGCUUGUCAAAGUUAAAAUCUUCCAAAAAUGAGGAUUGUUGUGCAGUCAAUGAAAUUGAGAUUCCAACCCUUGAAAUCAAUACGGAUGGCAAAGUAUUUCGAUUAGUAUUUCAUAACAGUAAAGAAAGCGAAAUAACUUCAGGUUUAACCAGGUUGAAUUCAAAACAGAAAGUCAGUGAUAACAAUGAUAAACAAGAUAGGGUCCCACAAAAGCGAUAUAAGAUCCCAACCUUUGAUAGAGUGCAAAGAAAAGGGAGAUAACUUUGCUCCAUAUUACACCGGCGUCUCAUGGAUGGACAAAGAGAACAUUAUAGUUGCAGAUCAAAAAAACCCAAAAGCUGAAAGUAAUUAAUAUACAAACAAAACAUAUCCAGUCUAUCGCUUUACUUGGUUGCACGGUGGUUUGUGGUUUUCAAGAUGGAGUUGCGUGCAAAACCGAGGGCGGCAAGUUAUUAAUAAUGAAUAAAGAUUUGUAGCUGGAAAGAGAAUUUCAGCAAAUUAGUACACUCAUUACUUGUCAUCCAACGUCGUCACAAUUAAGUUGGAUUUCUGAUGCAGAUAAAAUUUGUGUGUAUGAAAAGGGAGAGGUUCAAGAAUUAACAAUCAAUGACAGAGGUAGACCAGUGAAAAUAGGCAAUCCAAUCUUUGGUCAUGUUUUACAAAAUAGAACUUACAUUAUAUCAGAUUGGGAAAACGGUUGCGUAUUCAUUAUAAGUAAGACAGGAUAUAUAGUAAGAAGAAAAUACUGUAGCCCUGGCUUUAUUACUUCUGAUCUUGACAAUAACAUUUACGUUUGUGACUAUGAAAAUAGCUGCAUUGAGAUGUUCACAACUGCUGGUGUGACAUUAGGAACAUAUAUCUCACCAAUCCCUCAUCCUAGAAGUAUUGCCUUAAGAAGAGACAAUAAGAUGCUAAUUUCAAAUGGCCAGUCUAUCAUUCUCGAUGAACUGAAAUUAGAAGGGUAAAUAAUUUACAAGAAUAUUACAAUAAUGGUAGGAAAAGAGGUAUUGUACAAUGUUAUAUAUAAAGUGUGCAACGGGCUGAUAGAUACAUGUAUAUAAUACUCUUAAUAAAACUGACUGAAUGUUGAACUCAGGUUCUCUCAGAUAUUAAAGUGGUAAGUGUCAGAACACUAU